CAUACCUAAAGACAUUAUUCACCGAAUAUAGAAUUCCAUUUCAUCGUAGUAUAAUAUAAUGGAAGAAGAAAUAUGGUCCUUUUACGAGGAAGAAAGUGAUGAGGAAAUUUCAGAUGCCCACUGCGCAGAAGAGCUUCAACUCCAGGAAGCUCUCCAGGCCUCCUUCGCCAGCCUGCAGAUCUUAUCAUCAAUCGAAGAAGAAGAAGAAGAAGAAGAAGAAGAAGAAGAAGAAGAAGAAGAAGAAGAAGAAUCGUCUGGGUUUUUCUGCGGGAUUUGCAUGGAGAGAAAAGAAUCAUCGGAGAUGUUCAAGAACAACAACAACACAUGCUCUCAUUCCUUUUGCUCCCUAUGCAUCAGCGAAUAUGUCCAGUCCCGGAUUGAUCUCAAUCUCCCUCCCGGAACCUGCCCGGAUCCUGAUCGGAACUGUCCGGCCACAAUCGACCUCUCCUCCUGCGUGUCAAUCCUCCCAGAAGCCGCGAUUGCGAAGUGGGAGAGAUGGUUAACCCUGUCCAGCGUCGAUGCUUCUCAGAUCGUUUAUUGCCCCUACGGCGACUGCUCUGAGAUGUUCGUGGACGAAGAAGAUGAUGAUGAUGAUGAGGAGCAAGAAGUGAUCACGGAGACAGAGUGUCCCUUCUGCCGGAGAGUGUUCUGUGCGCAGUGCCGCGUGGCGUGGCAUGCCGAUCAGGAUUGCGAGGAAUUCCGGGAAUCUAAGGAGAAGGAAGGCGAUGUGGAGGUUGAGGAGAUGGCCAGGAACUUCAAAUGGAUGAAGUGCCCUCAUUGCAACCGCGUCGUUGACAAGAUUGAUGGCUGUAUACACAUCACUUGCUGGUGUGGACUUGAAUUUUGCUAUGUCUGUGGUUCCAAAUGGAGCGAAGGUCAUUGGGAUUGCCAAACUGAAAAUGAUGAUUAUUACUAAAGAUUGGAUGAAAUAGAAGAGAUUGGAGUCGUUUUAUCGUGAGAUCGGGAAUACCAAUUCGUAUAAAUUGUCAUGCCAUUUACUCAUUUAUGUCAUUUGCUAGAGAGGUUUGUGAAGAACACAAUGAAAUACUUGCUCAAUUUCAGUGGUGUUUCCGGCAAGUAAAGUCGUCGACGUCGACCUAUACGACGGCGAUUUGGUUGUGAAGAAUGGUAAGGAAAUUGUGGUCUAACGAAAUUUUCAUGUGUUCCAGUUCCACAAUCGGAUUGUCGUUGUCGAAGUCGUCGGUAAUGUCGCCAUUGACCCAUCUUGGCUCCUACCGUUGACGGUUUAGUCGUCCGCAUAAGGUUUUUAGUAAUGAAUUUUUUAUUGUUUUUUUUUU